AUGGUACUUAAUGAGGAUGAGAUAACGAGGCUAUACAGAAUCCGCAAAACGGUGAUGCAAAUGCUCAAAGAUCGGAAUUACCUCGUCGGAGACUUCGAGCUUAACAUGUCGAAACGCGAUUUCAAGAACAAAUACGGCGAGAAUAUGAAGCGAGAAGAUCUCGUUAUUAACAAAGCCAAAAAAGAUAAACAGUCCGAUCAGAUCUACGUCUUUUUCCCUGAGGAAGCUAAGGUCGGCGUCAAGACCAUGAAGACUUACACCAAUCGGAUGAAUUCAGAGAAUGUUUACAGAGCGAUCCUUGUUUGUCAGACUAGUCUUACUCCGUUUGCACGAACCUGUGUCUCUGAAAUGGCUUCGAAAUUUCACUUGGAAGUUUUUCAGGAGGCGGAGUUGCUUGUGAAUAUAAAAGAUCAUGUGCUUGUGCCGGAACAUCAGGUGCUUACUGAUCCAGAGAAGAAAACCUUACUUGAGAGAUACACUGUCAAAGAAACUCAGCUACCUAGAAUCCAGGUAACAGAUCCUGUUGCAAGAUAUUAUGGCCUGAAGCGUGGACAAGUUGUUAAGAUUAUCCGGCCUAGUGAGACUGCAGGAAGAUAUGUUACAUACCGAUUUGUUGUAUAA